AAAGGAGGCAACGGAGCCGAGCAGUUGAAGGACAUCAAAUGAAACACGGGAGCGCUUUACAGCGGGUCCUCUUGAGUUUUGCGCGUAGCCUGUGUGCUCCGAGCCUGGAGACAGUACGUUUUAGUGAAAAUCAUGGAAGAUAAAUCAAAUUCGUUCUCCAGCAACAAAGAAGGGGAGAAAGCAGAUGGGAAUAAUGUAUUUCAAAGGCAAGACUCGAUACAGAAGAACAAUAUGGGGAGCCAGAACCUGAAAGGAGGGGACCAUGGAAACUCGGUGGGCUUCAAGGGGGACCGGGAGGAAGCCUUGGUCGGGUUCGACGAUAUAGACGGGUCCGGAAACCGACAUGGCUUUAUGCAGCGGCAAUUUGGAGCGAUGAUGCAGCCCGGCGUCAAUAAGUUCUCCCUGCGAAUGUUCGGCAGUCAGAAAGCCGUUGAGAAAGAACAAGAAAGAGUCCAGACGGCUGGAUACUGGAUCAUUCAUCCCUAUAGCGAUUUUAGGUUCUACUGGGACUUGGUAAUGCUGGUCAUGAUGAUGGGGAACCUGAUCAUCAUUCCUGUAGGAAUAACCUUCUUCUCGGAGCAGACCACCACCACCUGGCUAAUAUUCAACGUGGCAUCAGACACCAUCUUCCUCGUGGAUCUGGUCAUGAACUUCCGCACGGGGAUCGUCAACGAGGAGAGCUCCGAGAUCAUCCUGGACCCCAAGGUCAUCAAGAUGAACUACCUGAAGAGCUGGUUUGUGGUCGACUUCCUCUCGUCCAUACCAGUGGAUUAUAUAUUUCUAAUAGUGGAAAAGGGGUUUGACUCAGAGGUGUACAAGACAGCGAGGGCGCUGAGGAUCGUGAGGUUUACUAAGAUUCUGUCUCUUCUGAGGCUACUGAGACUUUCCCGACUCAUCAGAUACAUACACCAGUGGGAGGAGAUUUUCCAUAUGACGUAUGACCUGGCCAGUGCUGUGGUAAGAAUAUUUAAUCUGAUAGGGAUGAUGCUACUGCUGUGCCACUGGGACGGUUGUCUGCAGUUCCUGGUCCCACUCCUACAAGAUUUCCCUCAAGAUUGUUGGGUGUCGCUAAACGGUAUGGUUAAUGACUCGUGGGGUAAGCAGUACUCGUACGCACUCUUCAAGGCCAUGAGUCACAUGCUGUGUAUCGGGUACGGCGCCCGGGCUCCCGUCAGCAUGUCCGACCUGUGGAUCACCAUGCUCAGUAUGAUCGUGGGCGCCACCUGCUACGCCAUGUUCGUGGGUCAUGCCACCGCUCUCAUCCAAUCACUGGACUCCUCCCGCAGGCAGUACCAAGAGAAGUAUAAACAAGUGGAGCAGUACAUGUCGUUCCACAAGCUACCUGCAGACAUGCGGCAGAAGAUUCAUGAUUACUAUGAGCAUCGUUAUCAGGGCAAGAUCUUUGACGAGGACAAUAUCCUGAGUGAGCUCAACGACCCGCUCAAAGAGGAAAUUGUGAACUUCAACUGUCGGAAGCUGGUGGCUACCAUGCCGCUGUUCGCCAACGCGGACCCCAACUUCGUGACGGGCAUGUUGAGCAAGCUGAAGUUCGAGGUGUUCCAGCCCAACGAUUACAUCAUCAGGGAGGGCACCGUGGGCAAGAAGAUGUACUUCAUCCAACAUGGUGUGGCCAGUGUCAUCACCAAGCUUAACAAAGAGAUGAAGCUGACGGAUGGAUCUUACUUUGGAGAGAUCUGUCUGCUGACGAAGGGAAGACGCACGGCGAGCGUUCGCGCUGACACCUAUUGCCGUCUCUUCUCCCUCUCUGUGGAUCACUUCAACGAGGUGUUGGAAGAGUACCCUAUGAUGCGCCGCGCUUUCGAGACCGUAGCCAUCGACCGCCUGGACCGCAUCGGGAAGAAGAACAGCCUGCUCCUCCAGAAGUUCCAGAAGGAUCUGAACGCUGGGGUGUUCAACACGCAGGAGAACGAAAUACUGAAGCAGAUAAUCCGUCAGGACAGGGAGAUGGUGAUGAUGGUGGACCGCAAGCAGUCGGUCACAGGGAUGUCGGUCACAGGGAUGUCGGUCACAGGGAUGAACACCACCCCGAUAUCUGGAAACUCCAUCAUUAACUCGCCGGCUCAGCCGCCCUACACCACUGCCCUGGGCAACAACCAGUUCCAGCAGUCAGCCACCUCUUUGACCUACAGCGCUUCGGCCGUCACCGCCCCCUCCACCGCAGCCACCGCCCGCAUCCUGCCUGCCUCGGCGCAGGGUGUCUAUCCUGUCCCCAGCGUCAUCCACGGCAACCUGAACUCAUCCUCGCCCGUCCCCCAGACUCCCCUCUCUCUCCAUCAGCAAGGGUCCAUCAUGUCCCCGGUAUCCUUCACCACGGCGGUGUGCAGUCCACCCGUGCAGACCCCUGGGCUGGCGGGCCGCAGCUUCCAGUACGGCUCCCCCACCGCCUCCCAGCUCUCCCUUAUCCAGCAGCCGCUGCCUACUGCCCUACCACCGCAGCAACCACUACCACAGCCACAGCAACCAGGAGGAGCAGCGGCCUCCUCAGCAACACAACAACCACAACAACAGCAGCAAGUCCCGUCACCUCAGAGGAGUGACAGCCUCCACAAGGCCAGCCAUGCUCUCCAGUCGGGAAGCCUGAGUCGAGACGUGCGCCACCUCUCUGCCUCCCAGCCCUCCCUGCCCCACGACACGUCCCUGGGGCCCCGAGCGCACCCUGCAGCGUCCGGGGACUCCCUGGCCUCCAUUGCCCCGCCGGUGGCUGCGGUCCAGGGUAUGGGUAUACAGAGCGGUCUCCGCACCACAGUGCCCCAGAGGGUCAACCUGUUCCGCCAGAUGUCAUCAGGAGCGUUGCCUCCGGUGCGAGCGGUGUCCUCUGCAGCCCAGCACAGGGAUUCCACUGGUUCUAGGAGAGAUUCUAGAAGAGAUUCUACCUUAAGCAGUACAGAGACCGAGCAAGAUAAGAUGCGGUUCGCAUCAAAUUUAUGAUCCCAUUUUUCUUUUUUUUAAACUUCUGUUUUAUUUAAUUUUUAAAUGGAGAUACAAAAAAAAAGAUAAAGAUGAACUUGAGUAUUUUUUUGUUUUCUCAAAAAUUUUCUUCAGAAAAAAAAAUUUGCCUAAAGGAAUUCCUGUACAGACUGCCCUUGUAUUAUAUUUUAGACACAUUUUCUCCCUACAUUUAAGAAUGUAUAUUAAAUAAAUAUAUAUAUAUAUAUAUGUGUGUGUAAAUCCAACUAGAAUAUUUGGCAAAGACUAUUUAAAAGCUCUAGUAUAUAAACAUGAGUCUUCCUUUCCAAAAAAUAUAAAUAUAGAUAUCAAAUGUAUGGAGAGAGGGGGGGUUGUUUGUUAUUUUAUGUUUUUGUAAACUGGAAUGCAUCGUGAUGAAUCCUGACAGAUGACUUUUGGAUUUUUUUUUUUUUGUACCUGCGAGAAGAGGAAGUAAAAUAUCUUCUCACAUUACGCAGCUUUGUCACCACUGUGGAAUAACUGACGCAAGCGAACCUUGAAACUGUCAACAAAACAAAAAGAAGCACACACUCAAACAUAAAUCUAAUGACAGAACUUGUGGGACCUUAAUCUUAGCAAUCAACACACGUACAAUAGCUAGGUGUUCCAUUGCUCUCAGCAAUACAUCCUCUUGAGCCACAGUGUCCUCACACAGUGGUCGGUGAACACCACGACAGUGUUAUGGGUCCAAAGGAAUGAUGUAAAUAGAAGUGAUGCUCUUUUUUUGUUUGUAGAAGGAUGAUGUUGUGAGCGGAGAAUGGAUGAUGCUGUUUUUAGUCCUAAUUUCAGACAGUGAUAGACGUUAUGUAAUGUUGCUUAACAAAACUAUGUGUACAUUUAUAAUAUUUAUAAACUAAAGAUUAUCACCAUUAUGCAAUAGACUGUGAUAUAAAGAUUAUCUAUAUGUGUGUUGUAAAUAGUUUUGUAGAUCUAGUAUUUACAGAUACUGUGUGGUGCAUUCUCAAUCAUAACAAUGUCUUACUUCUUUCAGGAACCUUGAUAUCUUCAUCAUCGUCUAUAUGUGAGAAAAAAAGUGAAUAAGUGACAACAAUGCAUAUAUUCAUUAGAGAUAAGAAAACCUUAACGCAAUAGCAAGCACUACUUGACACUGAGAAAUGCCUGUCAUACUGAGAAUCUUCAUUAGUCUGCAUAGUCCUUGUUUCUUUCUUCAUUUUAACCAUCUAGCAAGCAAAAGAGAAGCGAAUGAGGGAUUAAAUAUUUUUUUAACGCUGAGGUUACAACACUUUUCAACACAUUUAACGCUGAGGUUACAACACUUUUCAACACAUUUAACGCUGAGGUUACAACACUUUUCAACACAUUUAACGCAGAGGUUACAACACUUUUCAACACAGUUAAUGCAGAGGUUACAACACUUUUCAACACAUUUAAUGCUGAGGUUACAACACUUUUCAACACAUUUAACGCACCGGUUUCAACACUUUUCAACACAUUUAACGCAGAGGUUACAACACUUUUCAACACAUUUAACGCUGAGGUUACAACACUUUUCAACACAUUUGUAGCAUGGACUCCGUAACACCUGUUAUUAUACACUUCAAAACAUGUCUCCCCUGUAUGUACAUCUCCUUUGCAACCAUGUUAUUUGUAGAGAUGCUAUAUUUUAUUUCAGUCACACGCUACACAAUACAGUAAUACCCUUUUACAGUGUGUUUUUCUUACUGUGGGUGUGCUGGGUGAGUAAACCUACCCAUUCCUUACAGCAAUUAAGAGUUAUUGUAUGUUUGACUACCCAUACACAAUGUGACACUUUAGAAUGACUGUAAAUAUGAAUCAUUGUUGAAUCUAUCACAUCUUGACUCCAAAUCUUUUAGUUAGUUUUGACACCUUUUGAUUUCCGAGGGUACGGACGGCCUGUUUGGAUGCUUUAGUCAGGCUUUCUGUUUUUUUUUUUAAAUGUCUUUUUCAUAUUUCAUUUAAUUGACUCACCUUCCAUAUCAUGUUUUCAAAUAAUGUGAUCGUCUAGUGUGGCAGUGGAAUGGAAAGGAAAGUUUUCAUACCGACAGAAAAUUUAUAAAUUCAGUCUUUUUCUGCAAUAUGCCCAUCUGCUGUAGGUUUGCAAUCUUGACGUAUGAAUUUUCCAGUCAAAGUUAAUGUUGAAGAAGACUGACAUGACCUUUUCCAGACACCUCUCUUUUUGAGUAGGUCAUGUUAUAAGUCAAGUGUUUGGGCCCCAUUUUAAAAACAAUCACCGUGUGUGAAUCAGAGCGAGAGCAACAUAUGCUGGGUUGCAUUAAGGUUUCUGUCUCUUGUGUGUCUGAAUCCAUCAUAGUAACUGUAACAAUAUCAACAAAAUUACAAUGUUUAAGCUUAUUUAUUUAGUGUCCUGGGGGGGGGAGGGUCCGGAAAUGUGACUAAGCUUUGAGACAAUUCAUUAAGGUCAGUCAUUCUAACACAGUUUACCCUCAUGUGGUUGCAGACUAUUUGACGUGCUUAUGAAUUGAUGUGUAUGUUUGCUAGAGAUUCCCCCCCCCCCAUGUAUUGUGUAUAGUAACCAUGUGAGUAAUUAGUAUGAUAUGUUCCUCACAGACAACCACCUCUCAUGGUUUUAGAGUCACAAUCUUCAUGGCGGCAAACAUGCUCCAUCAGUCGGCUCUGAGUAUCUAAGCCCCCUCCCCCCCUUAGAGACACACCUCAAAAGAUGAGCAGUACUUCAUUACAGACAACGUGUGUGAACAUUCUUCCGAUAGAGUCCACCCCCCCCAAAAAAAAAAACA